AACAAAACCGUGGAAAUGGGUCCAUAAACAGUAGGUUGGAAACAAAACAGUGUCUUGGCUGCCAAAAGCAGAGAAACCGCUGCGGAGGCAGGCGAACGUGAGCCCAUUGGACACACCCCUUACAGCCCCCUUGGGCUGGGAAGAAACGAGAAGGCUUGGACCUUUCUUUAUUCCUUGCACGGGCAUCAAGUGGGCUGUGCAGACGGGACCAGCUCGGCAGCACUGUGCUGGGACUCAGUGUUGAAUGUGAGAGCCGGGACGGUCUGUGCGUUUACAGGGGCAAUCAGCCCCCCUCAUGAAACGCGAAGGACAAGGGACAGUACCUUGGGAGAGAGGGUCGUGCGGCAUCGGACGGUAACACAGAAAAUCUGGUUUCACGAUGGGAACUAUACAACUUUUGUUAUUACUUUCCAUGAACACAUUCUUACUUGCAUUUGGGAUUGACAAUGUGGAAAAUUACACGUGGCACUUACAACAAGCACCACAACUGUUGAACAGAAGAACUAUAACAAUAGAACCUCCAAGAUUUGAAGCUAAAAGCAAAUUCCUGCUUAAUUCAACCUGUGGGAUUGAGUGUCAAAAGAAACUACCACUGCCAACUGUGUCCGACCUUCAGAGUUACCUUUCAUAUGAAACAGUGUACAGUAAUGGGACACGUACAAUGACUGAGGUGAACAUCAAAGAAUCUGACCUGAAAAACGAAUUUGAGUUUGCUAAAAGUGAAGGCCGUUCUAGGAGGAGGAGAAGGAGGCAGGUCUUUGGUUUGGACAGUAGGUUUAGCAUCAGUGACAAGCAUUUCAUAACUAGCUACCCCUUUAACACCGCAGUGAAAAUCUCCACAGGAUGUACUGGGGUUUUAGUGUCUCGAAAACACGUGCUGACAGCAGCUCACUGCAUCCAUGAUGGAAAAGACUAUGUAAAAGGUGCCAAAAGGCUCCGGGUCGGAUUUUUAAAGAUGAGAACCAAAGGAGGUGGAAAAAGGAGAGGAUCCAAAAGGAAUAAACGAUCAGCAAAGGGCAAGCCAAGAUUUCAGUGGUCAAGAGUAGUGCGCACCCAAGUACCGAAGGGCUGGUUCAAAGGUGUGGCGAAUGAUAUUGCUGUGGAUUAUGAUUAUGCUGUUCUGGAAUUAAAAAGACCUCAGAAGACCAAGUAUAUGGAGAUAGGGAUUAGCCCUCCGGUGAAGAAUAUGCCAAGUAAUCGGAUUCAUUUCUCAAGCUUCGAUAAUGACAAGCCCGGGAAUUUGGUUUAUCGUUUCUGCACUGUCUCUGAUGAAUCCAGUGAUUUGUUGUAUCAGUACUGCGAUGCCCAGCCCGGAGCGAGUGGCUCAGGUAUUUACAUUCGUCUUAAGGAGCCAGAGCAACGCGCUUGGAAACGCAAGAUCAUCGGAGUCUUUUCUGGCCAUCAGUGGGUGGAUGUCAGUGGAGCACAGCAGGAUUACAAUGUGGCUGUGCGCAUUACUCCACUUAAAUAUGCACAGAUUUGUUUCUGGAUACAUGGGAACUAUGCUGAUUGCAGAGAUGGUUGAUGGAAUUCAAAACUGCUGCUAUUCGCUUUUGCAUCUGUGUACUUCCUGUGCAGGCAUCAGUCAAUUUGCAGACUGAGUGGAUGAUGGUAUCCCGUUGAGGCUCAUUGAAAAGAUAUGUGCAAUUUCAUCUCGACUAAAAUAAUCUGUUCAGGGUGCUCUAAUUUAAGAAUAUAAAUUUGUAAAAUUAACAGGAGCCUUUCAGAGCAAAUUGAUGAUUGGGUAGCAUUGCUGUCAAAAUAUCUAGCUGUUCAAUAUUUAAUUUACUUUAACUAGUAAUCUGCAAGAUUAAAAUAUUCAAGGUCAAUUACUAGCCCCAAUAAGUAAUUCUUAAAUGAUGUAAAAGAUACACGUGUUAAAAUAGGGAUUUUUUCUUCUCGUUGCUUAUGUAAUUUUUUUUAAGUAUUGACAAAUACAUUGAUGCAAUCUCCGGAAAGUUAUUUUUUGUCUUUGAAACAAAAACACUAUUUUUUAAGCAAUUUCACAUGUUAAAGUACAACAGUUCUGAUCAAAAAUAAAUAUACAGAGAUGUGAAUGUGUCAUUUGUAUCAAAUUUAAAGUGCUUUGUAAAGGGCCUGUCUCACUUUCACAACCUAAUUCACGACCUUUUUUACUUGUGGACAUUUUUCAUCAUGCUAGAAAAACGCUCCGACGUACUUAAUGUCACGAGUACCUACGACUAGCAUCACGGCCUACUACGACCUACCUACAACCUUCUACGACCUCGUGACGACCAUGCUGCGAGUAUGAGUCAAGGGCAAACUUGGCAGAGGUCGUGAAAGUGGGACAGGCCCUUAACCUAAGGGAAGAUGAUUCUUACCAUUUACCAUAGUUGUAUUGAUCGUGCAUUGUAUAGUUUGGAAUUGAAGAUUCAUAAUGGAUGUUCUUCAUUGUUUAUUUCCAUUGAAAGGAAUUGCGGAUAUGCCAAUUUUUUGAUGACUUCAACAGAAAUCCAACACUUUGUAAAUGGACUGCCAAAAUGGAACUCUCCAACCCGCUAGCAUAAAUAAAUUAGUGACAAAGUUUAGUAAAGUUUAGGAGAAAACUGCAAUCUGUUGCUUUGGUAACAGAAAUCGAAUUCCAACACAAAAAAGGCCCAAUAUAAUCAUCAAGGUGUCAUUGAAUCGAUGUUGUGAAUUAAAAAGUAAAUGGUGAUUCGGGUGCAAAUUUCAACCAUCAUUUCAUUCUUUCCGUGAACCCCUGUUUCUCUAUACCCUGUCUAUUGAGAGUUAGUGAUACGUAAAAAAAUAUUAAUGGAAUCACAUCACUCCAGCACCGUAGGAAAAUUAUGCUUCAAUGGGAGUAAUCUUUAUGGUAAAACUGAACAACCUUUUUAAAAAUGUGUUUGUUAGAAGCUUAUAUUUUUCAAUUGCAUCUAACCAUAUGAGUAGAUUAGAAACUAAUGCUUAAAGUAUCAACCUAAUCAUUUGUUUGUUAACAACACACAAUUCUUAUUUAUAUGGAGAAUGAUUAUGAGAUGUGUAGGUUUGCUUUAAUAAAUAAUUUACAUAAAAUGA